CAGGUCGCAGACUCCAGGGCUGAGUCGGCCGCGCCGCCCGGGGUUCACGCAGGGUCCGACCCGGCGGCGCGCGGCAGCUGAGGGAGGGCCGAGGGCUUUGGCUGCGGGGACUUCGGCUUCCCGGGGGGACAGCCCCAGGUCAGGAUGCAGCGGGGCCAACGCCCAGGCUCGCCCACAUCCUCUCACAAUCACGCACCCCACUUCUACAGCGAGAACAGCAAUAGUUCCCACAGCGUGACUUCGGGGGACAGCAAUGGGCGCGAGUCCCCUGGGCCGGAGCUCGAGCAGGCCGAGGGCAGAAGGGCCCGGGGCUCGAGCUGUGGUGAGCCCGACUUAAGUCCAGGAGUGCACGGAGGACACACACGGGCAGGAAGCUCUCGGCCGAAGCCUGCGCCUCGGAGCCACAAUGGCCAGACCGCCUGUGGCGCGGCAACCGUGAGGGGCGGGUCCUCGGAACCAUGUGGAUCUUCCUCAGUCUUGGAGGAGCAGCUCAACCGUAUUCCGAACCUGGAUCUGAGACAGGACAUGCCUCCGGCGCCGGUGUCCAAGAGCUUCCUGAGCCUCCUUUUUCAGGUGCUGACCGUAUUGUUAUCGGUGGUAGGAGACGUGCUUGUCAGUGUGUACAGGGAGGUCUGCUCCAUCCGCUUCCUGUUUACUGCUGUGUCGCUCCUGAGCGUCUUUCUGGCAGCACUCUGGUGGGGUCUCCUGUACCUGGUCCCCCCUUUGGAGAAUGAACCUAAGGAGAUGCUGACUCUGAGCCAAUAUCACCAGCGUGUGCACUCCCAGAGCCAGCAGCUGCAGCAGCUCCAGACAGAACUGAAUAAACUCAACAAGGAGGUGUCCAGCGUUCGUGCAGCUCACAGUGAGAGAGUGGCCAAGCUCGUGUUCCAGAGGCUGAAUGAGGAUUUUGUGCGAAAACCCGACUAUGCUCUGAGCUCUGUGGGAGCCUCCAUCGACCUGGAGAAGACAUCCAGUGACUAUGAGGAUACCAACACUGCCUACUUCUGGAAUCGCCUGAGCUUCUGGAACUAUGCACGCCCACCCUCAGUCAUACUGGAGCCAGAUGUGUUCCCUGGAAACUGCUGGGCUUUUGAAGGUGAUCAAGGUCAGGUGGUGAUCCGACUACCAGGUCACGUGCAGUUAAGCGACAUCACCCUGCAGCACCCUCCACCCACCGUGGCACACACUGGAGGAGCCAGCAGUGCACCCCGGGACUUUGCAGUCUUUGGGCUCCAAGUUGAUGAUGAGACUGAAGUAUUCUUGGGAAAAUUCAUCUUCGAUGUGCAGAAAUCUGAAAUUCAGACCUUCCACCUACAGAAUGACCCUCCAUCAGCCUUCCCCAAGGUGAAGAUUCAAGUUCUAAGUAACUGGGGCCAUCCGCGUUUCACGUGCUUAUAUCGAGUCCGUGCUCACGGUGUACGGAUCUCAGAGUGGGCAGAGGACAAUGCCACAGGGGUCGCUGGGGGACCCUAUUAAAAAUGCUGAUGGUUGAAGCAGAA